AUGCGCAGGAAGCUCACCGACGACCUCAUCACACUGCAGCAAGAUACACCUGUGCAACCAUAUAGCGUCGUGCAUCGUCUCAAGCUCGCAAAAGCGUACAAAAGCCUAGGUUACCCUGAUCUCGCUAUUGGCGAUGCCUACAAGGCACUACUUUUGAUCGACGAGGUGGUAGAGGAAGGCGAAUACCACGACGAGGCAUUAGAGGCUGCCGAAGCAGACUUUCUUUUUGAACGAAUGGCAAGCCUAGCUGUACAUGACGACGCGAACAACUCGCUUGGCGAAAAGCAAGAAACAACGGCUUGGGCACAAACGAAGGCUUCGAGAAUAGCAUAUGAUCUCAUCAUCGGAUGUUUGAUUGACUGUGGAUGUCUUCGCAGCGCCUUUGACCAUAUUACUCGCGCGAUGAAAGCAUUCCCUGGCGACACCAUCUUUGAAACCUAUAAUGAAACAUUGUCGAAGCGAGUUGCCUCCGUCUUGGGCGUUCAGGGAGAUGAUGACCAUGGCGUUGACGUGGAGGACUACCCUGACAAAGGGCUGGUUCGUCGCGAGCAGUAUCCAUGGAACGACCACGAGCCCAACCGCUUUUCUGACGAAAGCCUAACAUUCCUUAAUGAGGAGCUGGCAAACAUAGCGCCAAGAUUGGAGGUCAGGAUCGCAGAGUUGCCUCUCCUGACGCCUAGCUUGGCAAGCAACGAAUCGGAUAAGGAAAUCCAAUACACGAAGCAGCUGGGCCUAUUUUCUAAAGAGGACGUCCCGCCAGGGGAUCAAAUUCUCGAGGAGAAGUCACUUUUGACAGCUGUCGCAAGACUUCACGAGGCAUAUUGCGACGCGUGCAGUGUAUUGCUGCCCAACUCUCUCGACACUGCAUCGGCUGAUGACACGGGAGCCAAGAUCGUCGCCUGCGAAGACUGUGAUGAGGUCUUUUUCUGCAGCACUGACUGCCAUGACCUUGCUCAGGACAGUUAUCACCCUUCUUUGUGUGGUGUGGACAUGGAUCAGGGCAGGAUACCCGCGAGCGAAGCCGCUGACUCUCUCUACAGCCGUCUCCUUGUCCGCGCACUGGCAUUAGCGGAGACUCAAGAUGUCCACCCGCUAGAGCUGAAAGAAGUGCGCUACAUCUGGGGGGACUAUCACGGCCUUGACCUGGACAGCAUAUGGACAGCUGAGUCUUCAGGCCGCCCCAUGGAUGCUUUCGGCGCUGUACCUCAGACCCUACCGUUCUCAUUCAAGUACAACAUACUCUUCCCGCAGCAAAUUCUGGAGAAGAUGGACGUCAACAUAUUCACUCAGAGUCACCGCUACGACACUUGGGUCCUGAACACGCUAUACGCUAAGUUUCGGGGAACAGCAUCCGCACGACAAGGCCUGGAUGGACGGCCUGAGGUUAGCGCUGUCCAUCCAAUGUGGUGCCUCGCGAAUCAUAGCUGCGAUCCAAACGUAAGCUGGGACUGGCGUGGAACCAUGCGUUUUUGGACCCGUGAACAGCUGGUCGACUGGCACGGCAGGGAUGCAGGCAAGACACCCGGGAUCAAGAAAGGCGAGGAGGUCUUUGGGCAUUAUUGCGACGUCCGUUUGCCAGUCACGGAGCGGCGAGAGUGGGCUGUUGGAGCCCUAGGAGGAGACUGCAUGUGCGAGAGGUGCAUAUGGGAAGCUGAAGAGCGGUGUGGUGAACAAUGA